GCUGGGAGAGCAGAGUUGUAUUUUGGGUAAGAGCAGCAGAACAAAAAUAAAGGAGCAAAAGCUUGGGAUGUGCCGUUGGUAAGCAGAGACAAGCAGGAUGCAGCACGGAGUGUGGUAGGCACCCACCUGGAGAGAAGGGAGGGUUGGUGGCUGGACAAUGCUCCUGCCAAAGUCAAACACCUCUGGAUCGUGUCAUCACAGUCAAUUAAAAUCAGCCAACCUGGGAACUCCUCUUCCUCUCUUGUACAGGCAUGCAGAGGAAAUGCCAAACUCAUCUCUCAGCUGAGAUUUGUGGUCCUGCGAUUGGUUAGAGAUUCUCGUCCUGGUGAAGGUGGAUGUUAAUACAGUAGAGUCACUGCUAUUGUUGAGGUGUCUUAAAUACAUGAAAAUAAUGAAAAAAAGAAAGUGAUGUGCACAAUAUAAAAGACCUUAGAAGUAUCUGGUUACAAAGAUUUCAGGAAGAACAAAACAUUCUUUGCUGUGAUGGUUUAGCCUUUUUUGCUUACUCUUAGAUCUCUAAAGGCCUUUUUCAGUUUUGUCUGUUGCAAUAUUACUUGCUAUUAUUAGCUAAUCAUAAGACACUUGCUGUGCUUAUUCUAGAUUUCUUUCAGGAAAGCAUAUAUGAAUUGUGGCACCCAUCACAGUCUUCAGUAAGUUAGGAUGCUGAUAGGUAAUAGCAUAUAUUUCUAAUUACCCAUAUUGUUCAUCUCUAAGCCUGCUUUCCUCUCCUGGCAUUCUGCCUGAACUCCUGACUGUAUUUUAGACAUGAGUCUUCUUCUUAAUGCUAACUGAUUGGCAGCAUUCAAUUUCCUUCUUGCUGCUCCCCUUCUUUCCCCCACAUUAUUUCAGUGUUUUAAAAACAUUCAGUUCCAUUUUAAAGUAGUUCACUAAUAUUCUAAAACUUCCUGAAAUUUGAAAGAAAUAAAUAGUCCAGAACUUUUGGUCAUCUCUUAUAAAAAGUGUCUAAUUAUUAAUUUACACCUGUGUCUUGGAACAGAGUUCUUUUAGUUGUAUAAUGCUCUUGCAGACACAGUUUUCAAUUGUCUUUUUUCCUCCCACAGAGAUUCUCCUUCGUAUGGUUUUCUGUCUCGAUCUGCUCAGGGAAUGAGUGAGGAAUGUGUGAUGAAAGAGGGUUGUUUUUAGGACCUAUUCAUAUCUAAAGGAAGGUAUUUAAGGAAUAAAGUGAAAAUUGUAGGAAGAAGAAAGGUGGCCUCCUGUUUGAAGCAGCUGAAUAUCACUCUGUCAAAGUAUUGAGAAUCUGCCAUUUGAAUUACAGAGAAACUUCCAACUCAUGCGAGAUCUGGAUCAGAGGACGGAAGACCUCAAGUCAGAGAUCGAUAAGUUGGCCACAGAGUACAUCAGCAAUGCACGGACUUUGUCUUCUGAGGAAAAACUGGGGCUUCUCAAGCAAAUCCAGGAAGCCUAUGGAAAAUGCAAGGAAUUUGGGGACGACAAGGUUCAGCUGGCUAUGCAGACCUAUGAGAUGGUCGAUAAGCACAUCCGGCGGCUGGACACAGACCUCGCUCGCUUUGAAGCAGACCUGAAGGAGAAGCAGAUAGAGUCGAGUGACUACGACAGUUCUUCCAGCAAGGGCAAGAAGAAGGGCCGAGCCCAGAAAGAGAAAAAAGCUGCCCGUGCUCGCUCUAAAGGGAAAAACUCUGAUGAGGAAGCACCAAAAACUGCCCAAAAGAAACUGAAGCUCGUCCGCACUAGCACAGAGUAUGGGAUGCCUUCAGUCACCUUUGGAAAUGUGCACCCCUCGGAUGUACUGGAUAUGCCCGUGGACCCCAAUGAGCCCACUUACUGCCUGUGCCACCAGGUCUCCUAUGGGGAGAUGAUUGGCUGUGAUAACCCAGAUUGUUCCAUUGAAUGGUUUCAUUUUGCCUGUGUGGGUCUGACAACAAAACCAAGAGGAAAAUGGUUCUGCCCUCGCUGUUCCCAGGAGAGGAAGAAGAAGUAAAUUCACAUGAGACCUCAGUACUGCUGCAGGAGCUCUCUUCCCCCUGCCAGGGCCUUGUCCCAGUUCCCCCAGCCCUUGGGGCCUUGGCUGAAGGGAAGUCUUGCCCUGUUUGUGGUUUGGGCCAUCCCUGGAAUGGUGUGUACCCUCACGGUGGUGUUCUGUGUAUCCCUGGUUGCUUCUGAGUCCUUAAGGGAGGCCCUCUCUGUGUACUAUUCCAAACAGGUCUCUGAACCUCAAAGGGAAUGAAUGAGGGCACCAGGGUAGCCACCAGAUUCCCAGGGAUUCAGGUAGCCCCUGAUUUUCCUUGGCUUUCCUUCAGCCUCCUCAGAGUUCAUUGCCUAUUCUCUGCUUAGAGAACAAGGCUAUGGGAUGGGGGAAGGAAAGGAGGUAAGUCUUCAGCAUUUUAGGUCAUUCAUUUUCCUGGAUCUUUUUCAGGAGAGAGGGAGUAACCAGGCUACUUCUUAAUCUAGUGGGCUGGUUGAGAGACUGAAAACCUGAUGUGCUCCCUGUCUUUAACCAUUCCACUGCUGGCAUUGAGCAGCCUCUGUUGUUGGGGAGAGGAGGAGGCAGAGGGAGUGUUUAGAGCUAGCUUUGUCUCUCUUAUUCCUGGGGUAAACCUGAUGGUCUGGGAAGCACUCUGUGUGAAGGAGGAAGAAUUUCUGACCACGUGGGGAGAAACAGCUUGGUCCAGUCUGUCUUCCGGCUUCAAAAUUCUGCCUUCCUCUUGUGUAGUGGUGCUUCUCCAUUAUGUUGAUGGUGGGAAGUCUGGGGAUUCAGAUCCCACUUGUAUAAUACAGAAUUAAAUAAAACUCAUUGAAACCAA